CGGGAAUGAGGCGGGGUCUAGUUUCCUUGGUGACCGGUUCCCUGCGGUCGCCUGGUAACGGGUCGCUGCGGAGGCGCUAGUGGCUGCAGCUCAGGCGGCAUAGGCCGCGGAGGUCUCAGGGCCCGGACACUCACAGCCUGGCUCUUUCUGUCUGUGCUGCAAUGGCUGCCGCCACAGCCGUGGUCACGCCGUCGGGUUUGGAGGAUGGGGUGACUCGGUCUCAUGGCGAAGGGGCCGGGGAGGCGGUGGUGGAGCGCGGGCCCGGCGCGGCCUACCACAUGUUCGUGGUGAUGGAGGACUUGGUGGAGAAGCUGAAGCUGCUCCGCUACGAGGAGGGACUCCUCCGGAAGAGCAACCUGAAGCCCCCGUCCAGACACUAUUUUGCUCUCCCUACCAACCCUGGUGAACAGUUCUACAUGUUUUGCACUCUUGCUGCUUGGCUGAUUAACAAAGCAGGACGUCCCUUUGAGCAGCCUCAAGAGUAUGAUGAUCCUAAUGCAACGAUAUCGAACAUAUUAUCUGAACUUAGAUCAUUUGGGAGAACUGCAGAUUUUCCCCCUUCAAAAUUAAAGUCAGGUUAUGGAGAGCAUGUAUGCUAUGUUCUUGAUUGUUUAGCUGAAGAAGCAUUAAAAUGUAUUGGUUUCACCUGGAAAAGGCCAUCAUACCCAGUGGAAGAAGUAGAAGAAGAAAUUGUUCCAGAAGAUGAUGCAGAACUAACAUUAAAUAAAGUGGAUGAAGAAUUCAUGGAAGAAGAGACGGAUAAUGAAGAAAACUUUAUUGAUCUGAACAUUUUAAAGGCCCAGACCUAUCGCUUGGACAUGAACGAGUCUGCCAAACAAGAAGAUAUUUUGGAAUCUACAACAGAUGCUGCGGAAUGGAGUCUAGAAGUUGAACGUGUACUACCACAGCUAAAAGUCACGAUUAGGACUGACAAUAAGGACUGGAGAAUACAUGUUGACCAAAUGCACCAACAUAAAAGUGGAAUUGAAUCUGCUCUAGAGGAGACCAAGGGAUUUUUGGACAAACUCCAUAAUGAAAUUAGUAGAACUUUGGAGAAGAUUGGCAGCCGAGAAAAGUACAUCAACAAUCAGCUUGAGCACUUGGUUCAAGAGCACCGUGCAGCACAAGCCCAGCUGAGUGAGGCAAGAGAACGAUACCAGCAGGGAAGUGGUGGAGUCACAGAAAGGACCAGACUCCUGGCUGAGGUUACAGAAGAAUUAGAAAAGAUAAAACAAGAAAUGGAAGAAAAAGGCAGCAGCAUGACUGAUGGUGCUCCUUUGGUGAAGAUUAAACAGAGCUUAACAAAACUAAAGCAAGAAACCAUUCAGAUGGAUAUUAGAAUUGGUGUUGUAGAACACACACUACUCCAAUCAAAACUGAAGGAGAAGUCCAACAUGACUAGGGACAUGCAUGCAACAAUUAUUCCAGAAUCAACAAUAGGUUCUUAUUAAAAACAUACUGUUUUUCAUGCUUCUGAUUAGUUGCUUUUUUAUCAAAUUAUAUUUAAUACUGCAUAGAUUCUGAAACACAGUUAUACUUCCUAUAGCAUUUUCAAUGGGUAUUUUUGGAUAUUAUACACCCAUAUCAUGUUUUAUGAUGGACAGAUCUUUACUUUAUAAUGUUUAAGGUCUGGGGAUUUAGCUCAGUGGUGCCACUCCCUGCCUUGCAAGCACAAAGUCCUGAGUUCGAUCCCCAGUACCAAAACUAAAAAAUAAAUAAAUAAAUAAAUAAAUAUGAUGUUUAAUAAAGUAAUCAAAAAUUCUCAUGUUCAAAAAACUGUUCACUAAUCAUUACCUAUGUCAAAAACUCCCUCCUGGAAGCUCAUUCUUACCAUUCCUUGUGUAAUCCCACAUAUGUGGCCCAUGCUUUCUGUAGGUACUGCUGCUAUCGCCCCAGACCACUUACACGAGGUUGGCCCCUUUGCCAUGCUCCACUUCUCUGUGACCAUUGUGCUUCUGUGCCUAGCGGAUCUAAGAAUGGGCAGUGAUUCUUCAUCGCAACCCAAACUCCCCUUGGCUCAACUUUACAGUUACCUUAAAUUACCAGAUUUUUAAACUAUUAAAAAAAAUUUCAGUAUCCUUGUUAACAUUUAACAUUAUUAUUUCUCAUGAGCAAACCCCCUCAUUAAAAGUUAAUUAAUCCAGACAUGUUUAACUACUCUUAGAAGGAAAAAGAGAUGAGUACAUAGAUGACUUGAUACCACUCUACCAUCUGUGCUGGGAGCCAUUUUGUAGGUACAACCAUAACAGCACAUUAAGAUCAGCCUCUGGGACUGGUGACCUUAGGCGUCUCACUGAGCAACUCUUUAGAAAUUGUCAAAACAAGCAAUAUUAGAGCAACAACCUUAGAACAGGGAAAAACUAGUCAAAGUAGAAGACAGCUCACUCUUAUUAGUUAGGUUUCUCUAGAGGAACAAUCAACAGAAAAUAUAUAUAUAAUCAUGCAGGCAAUUUAUUCGGUAGGCUUAUGGGAUCAGAGGCAGGAGAGUCCACAGUAGGCUACUGUAAGCUCAGAGGUGGAAGAAUCCACAGUGACCAUCUGUACUGGUGAUCUGGAAGAUCCAGUAGUUGUUCAGCCCAAAAAGAUGGAAGCUACAGAACAAGAGUGAUCAAGGAAGCAGCACUAGUCCAAGGUCAAAGCCCUGGAAGCUCACCAUAGAGUUGGCGGUACUACUCUGCAUUGGAAGGCUGAAGAAACUAGAAACUCAUAUCCAAAGUUGAUGGUGAAGUCUGGAGCUCUUCAAAAAUAAGCACACUUUCUCUUAUACCUUCCAGGCUAUAAGUCUCUUAAUUGGUGGCACCCACAUCUAGGUGGGUCUUAGCCCCUCAGUUUUCUGGCCCAUGGUUAGUCACAUGCAUACUCAGAAUUGUGUUUUACAUAUGUGCUAGGAAUUUCUUAGUCCAUUCACAUUGACAUACCAUGAUUAAUGGUUAUAUCCACCUUAUUUCUGAAAAAACACUCAUGGCAAAUUUUGAUGAAAAUGUUUUAUGUUUAGGACAAAAAAGUAAUAAAAUCUUAUUUUUAAUCCUAA